AUGCUGGGAGAGCAGGACGUGGCGAACAGCGUGACACAGCGGAGGCACAGUAGAGACACCACCACAGCAGAUGCCCAGCACUACAGCAGAGACACAGCACCACAGCAGAGACACCACCACAGCAGAGGCCCAGUGCUACAGCGGAAACACAGCACCACAGCAGAGACACCACCACAGCAGAGGGCCCAGCACUCACAGCACCACAGCAGAGAGCAGACAGCCACAGACAGCAGAGCCAGUGCCCAGUGCAGCGGAAACACAGCACCACAGCAGACACAGCACCACAGCAGAGGCCCAGUACUAACAGAGACACAGCACAGCAGCAGACCACAGCACUACAGCAGAGACACCACCACAGCAGAGGCCCACCAACAGAGCAGAGACACACAGCACCACAGCAGAGGCCCAGCACUACAGCGAAAACACAGCACCACAGCAGAGACACCACCACAGCAGAGGCCCAGUGCUACAGCGGAAACACAGCACCACAGCAGAGACACCACCACAGCAGAGGCCCAGUGCUACAAGGAAACACAGCACCACAGCAGAGACACCACCACAGCAGAGGCCCAGUGCACACAACAGAGACACAGCACCACAGCGGACACAGCACCACAGCAGAGACACAGUACCAAAGCAGAGACACAGCAUCACAGCAGAGACACAUCACCACAGCAGAGAUACAGCAGAGACACAACACCACAGCAGAGACACAGCAGGGCCCAGCACUGCUACAGCAGAGACUUAACAUCACAGCAGAGACACAGCACCACAGCCGAUACAACAUCACAGCAGAGACACAGCACCACAGCAGAGACACAACCACAGCAGAGGCCAGUACCAAGCAGAGACACAGCACCACAGCAGAGACACAGCAAUACAACAGAGACACAGCACCACAGUAGAGACACAGCACUACAGCAGAGACACAGCACCACAGUAGAGACACAGCAAUACAACAGAGACACAGCACCACAGCAGAGACACAGCACAGCAGAGACACAGCACUACAGCAGAGACACAGCACCACAAGCAUUGGCUGCAGCACCACAGCAGAGACAGCAUACAGCAGAGACACAGCAUCACAUUAGAGAUACAGCAGAGACACAGCACUACAGCAGAGACACAGCACUACAGCAGAGACACAGCAUCACAUUAGAGAUACAGCACUACAGCAGAGACACAGCACCACAGCAGAGACGCAGCACUACAGCAGAGACACAGCAUCACAUUAGAGAUACAGCACUACAGCAGAGACAAAGCACCACAGCAGAGGCCCUUUACUACAGUAGAGACAGAGCACCACAGCAGAGACACUGCACCACAGUAGAGACACAGCACUGCAGCAGAGACACAGCACCACAGGAGAGACACAGCACCACAGGAGAGACGCAGCACCACAGGAGAGACACAGCACUACAGCAGAGACACAGCACUACAGCAGAGACACAGCACCACAGAGAGACGCAGCACCACAGGAGAGACACAGCACUACAGCAGAGACACAGCACCACAGGAGAGACACAGCACCACAGGAGAGACGCAGCACCACAGCAGAGACACUGCACCACAGUAGAGACACAGCACUGCAGCAGAGACACAGCACCACAGGAGAGACACAGCACCACAGGAGAGACGCAGCACCACAGCAGAGACACAGCACUACAGCAGAGACACAGCACUACAGCAGAGACACAGCACCACAGGAGAGACGCAGCACCACAGGAGAGACACAGCACUACAGCAGAGACACAGCACCACAGGAGAGACACAGCACCACAGGAGAGACGCAGCACCACAGCAGAGACACUGCACCACAGUAGAGACACAGCACUGCAGCAGAGACACAGCACCACAGGAGAGACACAGCACCACAGGAGAGACGCAGCACCACAGCAGAGACACAGCACUACAGCAGAGACACAGCACUACAGCAGAGACACAGCACUACAGCAGAGGAUACAGCACUACAGCAGAGAUACAGCACUACAGCAGAGACGCAGCACCACAGCAGAGACGCAGCACCACAGCAGAGACACAGCAUCACAUUAG